CAUCCUACAGCUGCCCCUCGUCCCUCUGUCUUCUCCACCUUUCACAGAAAAGAAGAAGAAAAAAAAAAGAAACCCUUUUUGCUUACUCGCACUUUCUGUCUCUGGGUUUCCGUUGGGAGUCGAUUCAAUCUACCGAUCUAGGUUAUUAGGUUCAGUUUCAAGUGAAGAUUUUUCGGUUACAUUUAGAAAAUAAAAAAACGCAUGGGUUUAGAUCGAUCUGUGCUUGAAGUGUGUACCGGACUGUGUAAGAGGGAGAGAGAGAGAGAGAAAGAGAAGGAAGUAGUCCAACAUUUUAGCCAGGAGGAGCAUCAGUUGAUGUUUGUGGAAGAGUUAGAAAAUGAAGUUGUUUGCUCAGGUUGCAAUAAAUCUGUAUGCGGUCCUGCCUACAAAUGUUCUCACUGCAACUUCUUUCUUCACAAGUCAUGCGCGGAGUUACCCCCUGAGAUACAACACCUUGCGCAUCCAAACCACACCCUUGUUCUCCAAACACCAUCAGGGAUUUACAUUUGCGAUGCCUGCCUUAAGAGUUGCGAAAGAUGCUUCUUCUACCAUUGCAAUAGUUGCGAUUUCGACAUUGACAUCGAAUGUGCUUCCAGUUGGCAAACUAAUACAGACGACGGUCACCAACACGAAUUCGCCCACUUCUUUCAACUGAUCCACUUCACUUGUGAACUCUGUGGUUUGGAUGGCAACAGCGUUGCCCAGCCCACUUGAAUUGCGCACGCAUAAAUUUGAUGGGAGCAAUUACUGAUACCAUAGACUCAAGCAUAGAGGAGGAGGGUAUCGACUUUGAAGAGGGUGAAGAACGGGAGGAGCUCAAACAUUUGGGUCAUGAACAUAACUUAAUCCUUAGCCGCAACCAAGUCGAGGUUCAUCAUAAUAAGCUUUGUGAAGGUUGUAUGCAACUAAUUUUUGCCCCAUUUUAUAGUUGUGAGCAAUGUAAUUAUUUUCUCCAUAGCGCAUGUGCUAGACUACCAUUAAAGAAGCGACUCCCAACUCACCCACAUGUGCUUACCCUCUACCCAUGCGGAUCUCAAAUUGGUAACACUGAACAUUGUUUCGCUUGUCAACGCCGUAGCCAUGGCUUCACUUAUAAAUGUUCCGAUUGUGAAUAUAGUAUUGAUAUCCGAUGUUGUUCGAUUCCAAAAACCUUUAAGCAUGAAGGUCACCAGCACCCCCUUUUUCUUGCUCCAAGUUCAGUUCAAAAGUGCAAUUCUUGUGAGGGGCAGAGGAGUGCCAAUGGUGUAUUUGUAUGCACGAAAUGCAAUUUUGGCUUGGGUUUUGAAUGUGCGACACUCCCACUCAAAGUUGAGUAUGAAUAUCAUCCACAUCCUCUCUCACUCACUUACAUUAUUGAAAACGAUUCUGAAGAAUAUUAUUGUUUGAUUUGCGAAGAAGAAAGAAAUCCAAACCAUUGGGUUUAUUGUUGUGUAAAAUGCAAUUUUACUGCUCAUCUUCGAUGCGUAGUUGGGAGGUAUCCUUACAUUAAGUAUGGAAUAGAUUUUACUUGGAAAAAUCACCAACACCCUCUCAAUUUUGUCCGAAGAACUAAGGACUCUCGCCCAUGUGAUGAAUGCGGAAAAUUUUUUGAUGAUGAUUUGGCUUUAAACUGUAGACAAUGCAAAUUCAUCAUCCAUCCGUGGUAUACCUGUAUGGGCAAGAUGAGUACAUAAUAACUUCUUAGCACUGAUUAGAAAAAUAUCUUUUUGUAGUUGAUUGUACUGGAGAGAGUUUCUUGUAAUUGUAUUAUUUAUUUAAUCAUAUAC